CGUGCUACCACGCUGUUGGCUUGCGAUUGCUCGAUGGGAGAGCCACUUGAAAAUGUUUCUCACGCAAACUUACUCGCACAGAGCGCUGAGCUUGACAAGUGAACUCACACACACCUUGAUUCGCUUGCACAGCACCCGGCUUGCCAAGUAAUAUGCUAUGUUUUAGUGAGAGCACAAUUUGCUCCAUAAAGCACCGUCACGAUGGCAGCAGCGGCAGGAGCCAGCAAGACCUGGACGAUGGAGGAUACAUACCGCUUGAUCAACGGAUUUCAAAGUCAACCUGCUCUGUGGAAGAAAGAUAACAAGGAGUAUAAAAACAAACACUUCCGAGGCUUUCUACUGGAUCAACUUGCUACUGAUUUUAAUACCAACACCGAAGCAAUCAAAGAGAAAAUGCGAUCGCUUCGCACUAUUUACGGACAAAAUUUGAAGAAGUAUGCCAAGAGCGAUGCCACACCAAAAUGGGAGUUUUUCAACGCAAUGUCCUUUCUCAAAUCGGAAAUGUUGUGUGAGCAAUAUGGAAUGCUUUCAUCCGAGCUUCCAUCCCACGUUAACGAUGACAGCAACAAUUUUGCUAGUGAGGAGCAAUAUGAAGAUGUUUUACCGCAACAGGAAAUGCUUGAGCCUGUUAUUUAUCUUAAGAAAAUUCGAACGAAGAGCCCAAUACCCAGCCACAUGGAUAAUAACAGCAAUCCACCACCCUUACAAGAAUUAGACCCCGAUCGGAACAGACGUUUUGGAGAUUAUGUUACUUUGACGCUUGACAUGAUGAACGACAGAUUAGCCGAGGAAAAGGUGAAACUGGAAAUCCAACUUCUGCUGUCUCGAGCUAUUACCGAAACAGCAACUAACGCACUGGAACAAUUGGCCUCCUCAUCGCUCUACAAAGGGCAGUAUACUAAUAGCCAAUCGUCCGAUGCAGUAUUCGAGAGCAAAUGGUGUUCUGAAGAUCAUCAACUCAUUCCCAGUCAUGAUGAUAGUGAAGAACCAACGUGACUCUGAUACGAUUUAGAUUAAAUUUGAAAAUUACAAAAAAUAUGUAAACUAUUAAUAUCUAUGCCUGUAAAUAAAAUUUAAUUGAACAGAA